AUGGCAGCCUCAUCCUCGUCGGAUAGCGACAGCAGUUCCAGCCGGUCGUCGACAUCGCCCGAGCCUGGUAACCACCAGAAGGAGAGUGUGAAGGCAGUAUCUAAGGCUGUAAAGGAUGACAGCUCCAGCGACUCCUCCUCCUCUGCUGGAUCGGACAGCUCUUCAGGCUCCGAGUCGGAAAGUGACUCUGACAACGAAAUGGAUACCACAGAGGAUGCGCCGAAAGAACAAGCUCCUUCCAAGAAAAUCAAUGUUCCCGUCGUCCCGCCCUCUUCGAACGCCUCUUCUGUUCUCUCCGACUUGCGCGGCAAGCAAAUCAUUCACAUCACCGCUCCCUCAUACCUCCCGUUGUCUAAGGUCAAGGAGAUCUCAAUGUCCAAAAUCAUGAAGGGCGAGCCCAUCCUCACUUACGAGGGCAAGAGCUACGGCAUUCCGGCAGAAUCUUUCAAUGACGACCAGUCCGAGGGCAAGACCCUGCUCGUUUUCGACCCGAAGACUCAGACAUACAGCAAAAAGGCCGAUAGCGUUCCCAGUUAUAUUGUUCAAGAGAUGGUUCACGUACCGGAAGCCGACAAAGCCGCCGUGGAGGCACUUCGCGACACUGUCAAGCCCGCAAGGCCCCAACCCAAGGGCUUGAAGAUGCGUUUCCGCCCCAUUGGAAAUUCCGCGCCCUCCAAGGCCCCUGCUGAAGAGCGCAAGGAGCGCAAGAGGAAGCACCACCACACUGAUGACGCCACGCAAGCGGUAGCUGUUCCUCAAAAGAAGUCGAAGAAGCACUCACAAGAAAACGACGCCGACGAGUCUAGCCAUAAGAAGUCGAAGAAGUCCCACAAGGAUCACAAGCGGAAAAAGUCCGAAAAGGCAUAA